AUGGCUCGCAUGUACGGUAAGAAGAAGGGCAUUGCCCGCUCUGCGCUCCCAUAUCGUCGUGAUGCCCCGACUUGGUCCAAGGUGAGUGCUGACGAAGUCAUCACCUGCAUCGAGGCCUUGGCCAAGAAGGGUAUGACUCCUUCCCAAAUUGGUGUGGCUCUGAGAGAUUCCCAGGCAGUACCCCGUGUGAAGGCCAUCACUGGUACCCUGAUCACCCGCAUCCUGAGAAAGAGAGGACUUGCCACCGAAGUGCCCGAGGACCUCUACUUCCUCAUGAAGAAGGCUGUCAACAUGCGCAAGCACCUCGAGAGAGCCCAUAGUGAUAUAUCCUGCAAGUAUCGCGUCGGCCUCACCGAGUCCAAGAUCCACAGACUCGCCCGCUACUACAGAAGCAGACGCCGUCUCCCUGCCACCUGGAAGUACACCGCUGCCAAGGCCUCUGCCAUCGUCGCUUAA